AUUGAUUAUUUAAUUCAUAUGAUAAAGAAAGGAUCUUCUAAUUGAAAAUUUACUUAUAAACGGGCUUUAUAAUUAUCCCAUGCAUCCGUUAUCAUUUUGCUACGAAUAUUAUAGCUCAUUUAAAAAUUAGUGAUGUCUGAAGAAAAAGUUACUACUGAUAUUAUUACUUUAACUCGUCACGUUCUCGACGAACAGCGCAGACAUAAAGAAGCUAGUGGUGACUUGACUUUAUUAUUAAAUGCUGUUCAGCUUGGAUGUAAAUUCGUAGCAACUAAUGUUAGAAAAGCUCGCUUAUUAAACUUAGUUGGACUUGCCGGUGGUGCAGUUAAUAUUUCAGGAGAUGAACAAAAAAAACUCGACGUCAUUUCCAAUGAAAUUUUUAUUAAUGCACUUCGUUCAUCAGGGAAAGUAGCUGUAAUGGUUUCCGAAGAAGAUGAUGAAGCUAUUAUCGUUGAAGAUGAGAUGAAAGGAAAAUAUUGUGUCGUUUUUGAUCCAUUGGAUGGUUCUUCUAACAUUGAUGCUGGUGUUAAUGUUGGUACUAUAUUUGGUAUCUAUAAAAUUAAAGAUGGAUCUAAUGGAACAAUUUCGGAUGUCUUGAGACCUGGUCGUGAAAUGGUCGUUGCUGGUUAUUGUAUGUAUGGUAGUUCUGCUAAUAUGGUCAUCUCAGUUGGUAAUGGAGUAGAUGGAUAUACUCUUGAUAACGCCAUUGGAGAAUUUAUUCUCACUCAUCCUAACAUUAAAAUCCCAACACGUGGAAAGAUAUAUUCAGUUAAUGAAGGAAAUGCUAAAUAUUGGGAUGAAUCAUGCACGGAAUAUUUUAAUUCAUUGAAAUUUCCUCCUGAAGGUAAGAAUCCAUAUUCAGCGAGGUAUAUUGGAUCAAUGGUAGCAGAUGUACAUCGUACAUUAUUGUAUGGUGGUAUAUUCGCGUAUCCCGCUGAUAAAAAAUCUAAAAACGGCAAGUUAAGAAUGUUAUAUGAAUGUUUUCCUAUGGCUUUCCUUACUGAGCAAGCUGGUGGUAGAGCUAUUACUGGCAAAGAAAGAGUAUUGGAUAUUACUCCUCAGAAGAUUCACGAUAGAUGUCCUAUUUUUUUGGGUAGUAAAGACGACGUUGAAGAUAUAGAAAAUAUCUAUAAAAAACAGUGCUAAAGGGGAUAAAUUAAGAAGAAAUCGAAAAGUAUUUAAUUCUACAUUAGAUAAAUAAAGAAUUUGUAUUUACAAAUUAUAAAUAUAAACUUUAAUACGAUUAGUUAACUUCCUUUCAAAUGAUAAUUCUGUAAAAUUUACAAACUCAGUAAAUUAAACCUUAAAAUUAUAAUUUUUUUUAAUUCAAUAAAAUAAUGACAUCAAACCAGAACUCGUAUAAUGUGUUUAA